AUGAAGACUGCGGCCAACGUCUUUUAUCUUGCGGUGUUCGCUCUGCUGAACUCAUGCCACGCAGCAGACCCAAAGGGCCCAUCCAAAUCCAAAGCAUCGAGUCCCGAUGUCUGCGCGAUCUCUCCUAAAGCAAUUGUCUCCGAUGCAUGCGCCUCCUACUCCACGCUCGAUGACCUCAACAGAAACCUACGCCCUUCCCUUCUCGACGUUACUCAGAACACGGAUUUUUUUUCAUACUACCGAUUAAAUUUAUUCGGUAAGGAAUGCCCUUUUUGGAACGAUUCGAAUGGGAUGUGUGGCAACAUCGCGUGCGCGGUAAAUACCUUGGACAAUGAAGAAGAUAUUCCUGAGAUAUGGAGGGCGGAGGAACUGGGUAAAUUAGAAGGACCAAAAGCGACUCAUCCAGGCAAAAAGUUGCAGCGAGAACGACCGCAGAAACCGCUACAGGGUAUGCUUGGAGAGGAUGUGGGCGAGAGUUGUGUGGUGGAAUAUGACGAUGAGUGCGAUGAGCGAGACUAUUGCGUGCCGGAUGAUGAAGGAACAAGUGGAAAAGGAGUUUAUGUGAGCUUGGUGGAUAAUCCAGAACGUUUUACUGGAUAUGGAGGUGAAGGUGCUCAGCAGGUCUGGAAUACGAUAUAUAAGGAGAAUUGCUUUUCCAAAGCGUCAUUUCCCAAAUCCGCAUCUUACGGAACCCAGCGGUUCCCACUUCAGGGAGAGGCCGCAACUCAACUGCAAUCCGUCAUCAGAGAAAGGGGUCGCCAGCAAGCUCUCGCAGCACAACAGAAACUGGCUCCCGAGACACCGUUCGUUGCGGAAACCGGCCUCGAGUUCGAAGGGGAAUGUCUUGAAAAGCGAGUCUUUUAUCGAGUCGUCUCUGGGAUGCACAGUUCUAUCAGCACUCAUUUAUGUUUCGAUUACCUAAACCAGACCACUGGUGAAUGGGGACCGAACCUCCAGUGUUACAAGGAUCGUCUCCACAAGUUCCCUGAGCGAGUUUCGAAUCUGUACUUCAACUACGCUUUAGUGUUGAGAGCUAUUACAAAAUUAGGACCAUACUUGCAAGAUUAUACAUUUUGCUCUGGAGACCCUUGUCAAGAUGCCACCACCAAGGCCAAGGUACAGGCUCUAACAACACAAGCCGGAGAAGUGCCUCAAAUAUUUGAUGAAAGCCUCAUGUUCGUCAACGGAGAGGGUCCCAGCUUGAAAGAAGAUUUCAAAAAUCGGUUCCGAAACAUCAGCCGUAUUAUGGAUUGUGUUGGUUGCGAUAAAUGCAGACUCUGGGGCAAACUUCAAACUGCUGGGUAUGGCGCGGCCCUGAAAGUUCUUUUUGAGUUUGAUAAUAGCUCUGAAGAUGUACCUGUCCUAAAGAGAACUGAGCUGGUAGCACUUUUUAAUACCCUUGCUCGUAUUUCGAGCUCUUUGGAAGCCAUAAACCAGUUCAGAGUCAUGGUGGAAUCUGAGGAGAGCACCGCAGAGAGCAUCGGCCAUCAUCAUGUACUGCCACAUCGCGUCACCAAGCCUCAUAAUGUCAUACCUCGGGAGAGAACUCAAGGUGGUGUAGCAGAUGACUAUGAUAGCCAUGACAAAGAGGAGGCGAAGCACCACGCUCCACAGGAAGGGUCGUUCUCGGAAGAUUUCUAUGGCGAGUUGUCACUUGUGUGGAGAGCAUUCAAGUACAUCAUGCGCGGCUGGUUCACAUUUCCAAAGUCCAUGUGGGAUAUCAUUGUCCUGGAAGCCUCUCGAGCCUGGGAGUAUUACAUUGGAUUGCCGGUCAGUCCUCGGAAGUGGUAUAUUAAGAGACCAAAUUUGGACGAAUUGUGA